AAGUCAUAGUUCUACAGUACAUAAAGCUAUGGGAGAGAAGCAAACGUUUGACAGAUAAACUUCUGAAGCUAAUUGUCAAAGUUCAAGAGUAGAAUACGUUUUUUUGUUGUUGUUUUUACUUAUGGAUAACAAAGACGAAGAAAGGGGUGUUCUUGAUCCUGAAGCACCUGAAGAAGGCCCUUCAGCGCCCCCUUCUGAUUUGUUGGAUACAGUGUCUGGCUAUGAAGGGACACCCUCAGAGGGAGUUGGCGAAGAUAAGAUAUAUCCUCCUCCCUCUGACAGGUUGCCAAAGCCAGAAAAUGAUCGGAAUGCAUCUGUCCCUCAUGUCCGGCUUCCCACAGUGUCUGAAGACAUAGCGAGAGCAGCCCUCCUGGAGUACGUUGGCAGUAAAUGGACUUACAGAAGUAAACCAGCAAAGGAACUUGUCUUUCGAGAUCUAACGCCUUUCACUACAUACAGGUAUCGUUUGGAAACAUUUACAGAAUCUAGAGGAACUGCCUGGGCCUUUGAACCUUAUACUAAUCAGCUUGUAGAUGGACCUCAGUAUGGCGUUCCUCCCCCACCCUGGGAUGUUGUGGUUGAGGUUCCUCAUAUGUACACUGAUUCUUCCCAGAAAGUCAGGGUGCCUCACACCUCAUUUGUCAAGAUGUGCCACCGUUGCCAUGGGAAAGGCCGUGUCCGAUGCAAUCAGUGUCAUGGAUGGGGUAAGACACGCUGCACUUCUUGUUUUGGAUCGGGGCGUAAAAGUGGAAAACAUUGUACAUUUUGCCAUGGAUCGGGACGUAGAAGGUGUUCUCGCUGUUCAGGACGAGGUUCUAAAACAUGUGACAUUUGCAAAGGACACAGAAAUCUAAUGCACUUCAUUCAGCUGAUAGUAACCUGGAAAAACCAGAUUUAUGAGCAUGUACCUGAUCGAUGCCCUGAUUUUCCAGUGAAACUAUUUGAAAAAGUCAAUGGAGAUAAAUUUUUUGUUGAUGAAAGUGCUCUGGUUUAUCCAAUAGUGGGUUUUCCCGAAAAAGAAGUUUGCGACGCCUCCAAGAGAGGUAAUGAUGAACACAUGGCCAGGUUCUCAGGAAGCAUGCAUAUCCUUCAGCAGCGCCAAACCAUUGAGUUGAUUCCUCUGACUCAGGCCUUUUAUGAAUAUAAAGAACAGGAGUACAAUUACUUUGUGUAUGGUAUUGAGAACAAGGUUCAUGCACCAAAAUACCCAUCUAGCUGCAGUCUCCUUUGAAGUGUGGGAUAUAAGUGUGUAUGUAGAGGGGGAGGGGGAGGGGGAGGGGGGUAGUGGGUGACAGCAAGACAGUUAAAAUCCUACCUGUAAAAACAUGUGGUGUAUAAAUAAGGUUCUCCCGGGUGUUAGUUAGUGUGUUAGAAGUAAUGGUGGUGUUAGAGGUAUGUGGUGAACUGUUUUUCGUGUUCCGUGCUGUGCCGUUCGUCCUGUAUUGUUUACGCCUGUGAGUGUUUUAUAUAGUCCUUUUGUUUUGGCCCUUGUGCCUUUUUAUGUGUUGGAUGAAGAAGCUCAGUAGCACAUUUAAACUUGUCUUCUCUGCCCCCAAGUCUCUUCCUGAUAUUCACCAGCCUGGGCUGUCACUUCAGUACACCAGACUACAAAUAUUUUUUUAUCUUUAGGUAGAUGAAAGCCCUUGUAUAUCUUUGCUUACAAAACCAUUGUACACCAUUGCAUCGUAGCAUUUAUUGAUAAUACAAACAGGACAUACUAUUUUAGGUCUCACACGUAUUUAAAUUUUACAUUCCCCAAGGUGCAAAUAGAACUUUUUAAAAAUAAUAUUAAUUGUAAUAAUAAAAACAAUGUAUUUUCUGUAAUGAAUUUACACAUUUAAAAAUGUAUUGAUUUUAGUGCAAUUGUAUAUUUAUAGUUGCCUGUAACACUAAUUAUUAUAUUGAAUAAUACUCUUAUUUUGUUUAUAAUAAAUACAUAUAAAACAUAUCUAAAAUAAUUUCAGUCAAGAUAAUAAUACAAAAGUCUGUAUCAUCUAAACUGCAUAAAAUACUUAACAAUGCUUGUGACUUGUCGUUGUGUUGUGUAAAAUCUUUUAAAUAAAAGAUAAUAAAAAUAAAAAAAUAAACUUUAUGCUAUUGCAAA